AUGGAGGCGGUUCCAGCACAAAUCCGUGCUGGCUUACAGGCUCAGGGACUUCCGCCUCCAACCUUGCAAUGGAUCCAGGGCGUCCUGCCACAGCGCAGGCCACUCCCUCCUUUGCCAGCCUUGAUCGCAACCGCCAAAGCCCGCCUUCUCGCUGCUGACCUGACGAACCCCUCAAUCUUUGAGCAAGCAGUGCCUGCGCUGCCACAGAAUCUUAGCAAUCCGGAAACCAAAGAAGGCAAGCUCCUCCAUGAUGUGCUCGUCCAGGUCCUAGACAUAGAGAACCUGUCCAAGAGCAAGUGGGAACAGGUAGAAGAGCUCGAGGCAAUCGCGCGCGGCGAGCAGACCCGUGGCCGAGAAGUCAUUCGUCUUCCCACUGCUAGUGCUGAAGAUGACGACCAGUAUGGCACGCAGCCAUCCACAGCUCCUGUCGUACCUGCAGCUCGGGGCGGAACCGGGACCGCAUCGACCACAUCCAAAGCUGCAACACAUCGUCUCAUCCUCCAAGACUGCAAAGGCCAGAAGAUAUACGCCCUCGAGCAGAAAAGGAUCGAGAGGAUCAGCAUCGGCACUUUGAAUAUCGGAGAGAAAAUAUUGCUGAGGAAAGGCACCGUUGUAGCCCGCGGCCUGAUCCUCCUGGACCCAUCCUCCUGUGCCAUACAAGGAGGACGAGUCGAAGCUUGGUCAAAGGGCUGGCAAGAGGGCCGGCUGGCCCGCCUACGUGAAGCCAUUGGCGAUUCACGGUGA